AUGGCAACUGUUAAAUCUUUAAAUUUCCCCCAAGAUAUAAUUUCAACAUCCGGCAUUUCAACUUCUUCGCUGUCCUCUCCGUUAACUGAAAAAUCAGCAUUAUCGGAAAGUAAACAUUAUAGUUUUAGUAGUGUUUCAACCGGUGAUUAUUUUCCUCAAGAAUUUUCAGCGUCAUUACAAAACCUGGUAAAUCGGAGCGAACGAGAAAGCAUUGAAUCAUGGUCAUACGAUCGGUCUAUUAAUUCACAUACAAACACGACCAUCGGAAAUAACGAAUUUCCAUAUUUCUUGACUCAACAAUUCCCAGAUCAACCUCCUCUACCACCCCCUGAAUUUGACAUCUCCCCUUCCGAUGACCAAAUAUUGUCACCAGAGGAACUUGAUGCCAUUUUUGAUUCUUUUUCUGCCGCAGCCGAUGAUCAUGAUUACGGGAUGGUUUAUCGGGGGAAUAACGAUGUUAUGCCUGAUGUGCUUGACGAACA